AUGAGGUCUACUACUGGUCUGCUUUCUCUGGGGUUUCUCAUUUCUCUAUCUCGCUUCUUGGUUUCUGCUGCUGGGAGUAUAAGUAUUCUAGGGAGAUCUGUACUAGGAGAAGACCCGCAGACUGUUAAUAGGCUGAAUGGAGAGUCGUUCCAGCAGGAUGCGUUGGUGACCUUUAAUGGUUAUCAAUACGCAGCGUUUUACGAUGCGAACACGUCGACGAACGCGUCGGUGAGGUAUGUUUCUGUCGCGAGACGCGUCUUAUCUACUACGAACUUGAAGAAUUCGACGAAUGCGGAGGAGGAGGGAUGGGAGAAGUUGACAUUGAUGGAUUAUAACCAGACUUUGGAUGAUGGACAUGAUAUUAUCUCGCUUGGAAUCUCGCAUACAGACGGCACGCUCCACCUUGGUUUCGACCAGCACGAUGAUAACCUGCAUUAUCGCAUCACAAAACAUGGUGUUGCGACGAACCCGCAAAAUGUCACUUGGUCUGCGGGUAUCUUCGGUGAUGUUCUCGAUUACCUCCCAGGCCUAGAAACCCUAGACAAAUCAGCGUACUUCAUCAACAUCACCUAUCCGCGAUUCUUAUCGCUCCCCGCAGCUGCGAAAGCGGCCUCGCAUUCGGAAGCGGAUUUGUUAUUGGAGUUGCGUGUAGGGAGGAGUGGGCUUGGAGAUGAUUGGUUGUAUGCGUAUGUACCGAAUCAGGGGUGGACGGAGGUUGGGAAAUAUUUAGAGGGUGUGAAUAACAAUGCGUACAUUAAUGGUCUCGAUUUUGAUGGACGGGGAGCAUUACACGUAUCAUGGACGUACCGCGAUUACAUUAACGAUACAGGCCAGGACGUUGCUAAUCAUGACAUGGACUACGCGCUGAGCUACGACCUCGGGAAAACAUGGCAGAACAAUUGGAAUCAGACAAUCGCGAAUCUUUCGGAGAAAUGGCCGAUUUAUCCUUCGGCGGCAGGUAUCACUAUAUUCAGUAUCCCAAAAUAUGGCGGAAUACUCAACCAAGAAGCCCAAACAAUCGAUAGCGAAGGCCGUCUUCACGUCCUUAACCGCGAAAACAUAACAGGCAUCGAACAAUGGUACCACUACUGGCGUAGCACAACAGCACACUGGACACGCACGCCAUUCCCACUCCCAUCCCAACUAAACCCACCAAGCGCGAAUAACAUCACAGGUACACCAACCGUCAUCGGGAAACGUGGAAAGCUCAUCUCACGCGGAUCCUCGCUACUCGCUCUCCUUCCUUCGAACGCAGCGAACUCGAGAGCGUUAAGUAUACUUGCGAGUACUGCGCAGGGACAUUUUCGAGAUUGGAGAGUUGUAUGGGAGGUGGAAGAGGGGUGCGUGGCUGAGCCGCUUUUUGAUCGAUAUAGGUUGGUUACGGCUGAGGAAGGUGGGGAUGGCGAUGGAGCGUUGAGCUUGUUCCUUGUUAAUGGGACGAGUGUGGAGAUUUUGGACCUUGAUUUGAGUGGACUUUGA